UUGACAGCAGCCGUCGUCAUUCAUUGCAAAGAAAAGAUUUUCAUCAGGCGCUGGUGUUCGCAGAAGUAAAAAGUGCUUAUUUUCUGAGAAAAAUCGCUUUGUGGUCGCUCAAAAUAGUGCUAAAUGGUGCAUUAGGUUGAUUUGCAACCGAUUUAGGAUUGCAACUGACGAAACAUUUGCUAUUCGGUCGAGAAAACAACGAUUUUGUGGACGCCAAUUCGGGAGACAUUAUCCGGUCGUCGUCGUCGUCGUGUGCUGUGGUGGUGGUGGAAGUGAUCGCAAGCGGUGUCGGAGCGAGUGGUUUGUGCGGGUUAGAGUGAAAAGGCAUACGGAGUUUCGAGGUUAGGAUUAGCCAGUUUAUGUUUGCAAACUUUGGCCGCUGAUUGGGGCGAUUUGGAGGAUUGAACAACCGAUUCAGCAAUGAAACGAAAAUCAGCGAACGAUUUGACUACGCAAACUUUACUGGAUUUCGAUCUGGGGGAGAGUUCCUCGGAUUCGGAUUUCAGGAUCGAGGAUCACGAUGACGACAGCGAUGACUUUUCGGCUAACAGUAAGGAUGAGGAUGAUGGGGACGACGACGGCGACAAUGACGAUGACGAUGAAGACGACGAUGAUGAUGAUGACGAAGAUGCUAGUGAUGACGGAGAAGAUGAAGAUGGAACGGAUAGUGGCACAACCGGAAGUGGUUCCAAGGUGGUUGAAAUUCCUAAACCAGGUUCGGUUCCGGAGAAAGCAGUUAGUUUGGAAGAAGUCCUGAAGAAGAGCAUGAAAGGAGUAGACAAGGCGACGUUGAAACUGUUGACGAUACCGAUUUGCUGCGCUUGUUUGGGUGAUCGAAGUGACGAUCAAAAUGAAAUUGUGGAAUGCGAUGGAUGUGGUGUGACGGUGCAUGAAGGUUGCUACGGAGUCAGUGAAAGUACCAGCGUAAGUAGUACUAUUUCAUCUUGUUCUACGGAGCCGUGGUUCUGCGAAGCAUGUAAAGCAGGAAUAGCAGAUCCGGAUUGUGAGCUGUGUCCCAACAAGGGAGGGAUUUUCAAAGAAACAGAUGUCGGUAAAUGGGUUCAUCUGGUUUGUGCCCUCUAUGUGCCGGGAGUUGCCUUCGGAGAAGUCGAUCAACUAUCGUCUGUCACAUUGUUUGAAAUGCCCUAUAAUAAAUGGGGUGCGAAGACGUGCAGUCUUUGUGAUGACACUAAAUUUGCUAGGACAGGAGUUUGCAUCGGUUGUGAUGCAGGAAUGUGUAAGACGUAUUUUCAUGUGACCUGCGCCCAGUAUGCUGGUCUGUUGUCAGAAGCUCAUUCUGAGGAAGCAGAUCAAGCAGACCCGUUCUACGCCCAUUGUAAGAUUCAUUCCGACAAAACCUUGAUCAAGCAUAGGAAGCGAAACUACAAUGCUAUCAAGUUGAAAGCCUACAACAGAAAGCUGGAACAAGAAGCGAAGAAAUUGGAAAAACCGUCGCCCGAACAGGUACGCAUAGAACGUAAACUGGCUAAACAUCGGAAGAAGUAUGUGAUCAACAAAGAGACUAAAAACCCGCCCUGGGUUCCGACGCAGAAAAUGCCACGUUUGUUAACCACUAGUGCGACAGCAUGUAAAAAGCUUCUGCUAAAAGCUGAGCUCAUGGGAAUCGACACCGCUGCGAUGGAAUUCCAGGAAGCUCAAAUGACUGCUUUGGCUGAUGUGCGCAAAAAAUGGCAUAUCCCACCUGCAUUCAGUGUGGAAUUUAUUGGAUACUACCUGGAUCGAACGGUUCGACUCAAGGAAAUUAAGCAAAAUCUACAAGAACAGGUUACCUCCAACCAGAAGCUCCUCGAAGAGCAACAGCGGCUUCGGGAUAAGUACGAUUCAGCGAUGAAGGCCAAUCAAGAAGCGUUGAAUCAAAACGAUAAUCUGAAAGAUGCGAUCAAGAAACUAUACGACGAUAUUCAUGCUCUCUGCCCAAAUAAAGCUCUGAUUCCUAUUGAGCAAAUAGGCAAACCGCCGUCCGUUCCGCCCAUGCAAAAUCCGAAUGUGAUCAUUAAUACACCCAGCUCAACACCUCCGGCGAGAACCAUCACAGUUCCCACGGCCGCUGCAUUAAAAAUGGGAGUCGGAUUUCCAUUGCAAAAUCUCAUCGCACCCGGCAAACGUGACGAUACCGGUCGCAUUCUGAGUACACAGUGCAAACAGAAUAGCGAAGAACUACUGAACGAGUGCGGGAUUUGCAAACGGUGUUCCGAUCAACACCUCCUGGCGAAAUGCGAUACGUGUCAUCUCUACUAUCAUCUCGGUUGUUUAAAUCCGCCGCUAACCAGACAUCCGAAGAAGUCUAAGCUUUACGGUUGGCAGUGCUCCGAAUGUGAUAAAUCCGAUGACUCCGGACCGGAAAAUGUGAUUCUACCAAAGGCCCCCAGGAAAUCUCGGACACGAUAUAGUAAAGAUGGCAUUAUCGUUCCUUAUGAUAUGCCUUCGCCGGAAUUUGACCGAUCUCCGGAUAGUCCACCAAAGCGACCCCGUAAAAGCGGUGGACCCAGCUGCAAUACCAGUACAGCUGAGAAUAGUCCCACCAAAUCCACUCUCGCAGUUAAUGGCAUCGAGACUAAAGAAGUUGUUCUGGAAAUUCCAAAAAUUGAUUUGGAAUUGGCUGACAAAUUGGUUGCUGGAGAAUCUUCGAUUGAACUACCCGCCAGUGUAAAAAGAGGUCGCAAGAAGAAACUUACUGAAACAAGUGAAGACAUAAAAGCUCCAUCAAAGGUAGAAGUAAAAGCAGAAGCCGUGAAAAAAGAGCCACCACCAACUCCGGUUGAACCGAUUGUCCCAGAGCCACCAACACCACCAAAGGUCGAACCUGUAAAAGCGUCCCCUGUCGAAUCGAAGGAGACCAAAAAAGAUAAAAAGAAAGAAAAGCCAAAGCCGCCGACACCCUUAGUGGAAACAAAGGAAAAACCCCCAUCAGUAUCAAAACCAGCCGCGGAGGAAAAAGAUCCCCUUGCGUCGGGGUCAUCUUCCCAAGAAACUAUUUCCACCGCAACGGAGUCCACUACAACAAUUUCUGCGUCUUCUGCAGAAUCGAUCCAGCCAAAAACAGUCGAGCAGCUGGGCCCUUUAGUCCCAAUACCGCUCAUACCUGCCGCCGAAUCCGACAACCUUACCGGGGCUCCUUUCCACAAUCACUCGCACAAACACAGCAAGCGAAAAAAGGAAAAACAUCGAAACCGGUCGCCCCACGACGACGGGUCCCCCACAAAAGAGCACAAGCGCAAACGGAAGCGGAAGAACCACGAUAUCGAAAAUCCCAACGAUGUCGGUGGAAGCGGCGGCAGCAACGUCCCACCUGCUGCCUGCUCUGUUCUGCCGGACGACAAUAGACCGCGUAUCAAAAUUAAGAUCAAAUCAGUGCUGGAUGGUUCCAAUACGCAUACGAUAUUCUAUGUCCCAAACGACAGCAUAGAGCCGCCAAGACCCAUUUCGAGCAGCGAACCUGCAGUGACUAGCACCCCGCUUGGUUCGCCAGCCAUUAUGCCCAGCACUAAAACGCAAACUAAACCAGAACCCGCCAGACCAAGUACGUCCACCCCGGUGUUACCAUCUCCGGUAAAAUCGCCAGUCCCAGCGCCGGUUUCUGCAUCUCUGUCGGCUCCAAAUGUGAGCACAAAACCACCAGCACCAAAUGCUGCUGCUACUGCUGCUGGUCGUGGUCGAGGCAGACGUCUCAGCGUUGUAAGGCCAAACCGACUGAAUGCAUCGCUAAAUUCAUGCUCCGGGAACAGCUCAUCGGCCGCGGGCGGCGAAUCCAUGUGUGAUGUCUGUCAUCAGCCCGGAACUAACAAUAAUCUCGUGCAGUGUGACGAGUGUCACAAAAACUAUCACUUUGGAUGUUUGGAUCCACCGGUAAAGAAAUCUCCUAAACGUCGUGGCUAUUCGUGGCAUUGUGCAGAUUGUGAUCCUACGGAUACCGAAAACAACUGAACAACGAAUACCGAAAAGCCGCUACAGGUGUGAUGAAGAGUGAUAUCAAAUGUACAGGCAAAAACUAUACUUUGCUGAACACGAGUCGUUAAAUUUCCAGAACAUCUGAAAGAAUCAGUGUAAUGAAGUAUUUUCUAUAUGAGAUAUCUUGUAUUAAAUGAACUAUGGAAUAAAAAUGAGAAACCUAAUAUUGAAUCUGUAGAAA